UUAUCUGUAAGAAGAUUAAGACGACAGGACGGCAGCAACAGGAACCUCACACUUCCACUUCUGUUGUAUUUGCUGAAGAAUCUGUGACCUUUCAACAGAGGAUGAUGGGAGUUUGGGUGCCAGACACGCGAAGCCGAGUAGCGAUCUACAGCUUCAAGUCAAGAAGUGACUGAAGCUCACUGUUGAAGUCUGACCUUCUUUCUCUUUUAGAGCUCAUUUUCUGGUUGUAUCUCAAAGUAGCCACCUGCAGUGUGGAUCUUAAAAUACUUCCUUAAGCUGCUUACGAAGCUCUGCAUCCUCAACCUGCAACAGGCCUGACCUCUGACCUUUGACCUAAUCAACACUGAGGACAGUCAACCUACAACUCAGAGGUGUGUGGUCUUCAUUCCAUGGUGGCGGGAUUUCGAUCUGAGUCCGAAUAACUACAAGCAAUAAGAACAAAACAGAAGCUUUCUGUUGUUCAGAGUCUGGACACUGGACAGAUGGGAUGACGGUCAAACCUAAACCAACCAAUCAGAAGGAGGGUUUUGUUCCACUGAGCUGUGUUUACAUGUAAACACAAUUAUCAGAUUCACUCACAUGUGGAAUAUUUAGGUUCAAAUGGAGAAGUGGAUCAGUGCUGGGAUCAGUAUUGGACUGCGGAACUUCAGUUUAAGACUUGAAAUAAACCAAGAAUUAUUGAGGACCAAUGAAUCUUCGGUACCAGUUUAUAAUAAGGGUACCCUCAUAAAUAAAUGGUGUAUAAUAACAUUCUAUAGGUAAUUUGUAACAGUUUUCUUUGGUCAAUUCAGACUCACUGUCGAUCUCAGUUUUACAGUUGUUCAGUUUACAUUAUCCUGUCUCCAGCAUCAUAGAACUAAUGAACACAAUUUGAUGCUUAAUAAGUCUUUUUACCCUCAGUGCUCGCUGCAGGAUAUUGUCAUCAGUUCAUCAUCCGUCGUCAGUCUGUUCAUAUGUGCAAAAACUUUGGCGUCGAUUGAAAGCCAAGGGUUUUCAAGUGCAGCCACAUUAUAUUUAAGUAUUGGAAUGAUGGACAUCUCAUUUGCUACAUUUGGACAGAUUUACCAAAGUGAACUAAGUCGUCGAAGUUGUAAAUAACAUAAACUAUCCACAGACUGAUAGAUUUUGUUAUUACCAGAACAAUGUUGAUGCUGCACCUACUGGACAUGAGUAGUGGUGAACCAUAAGGCAGUUGUCGGCCAUGUUGGUGUGCUUUCGGACGUGACACCCAUAAUUCCAGUGGUCCGCCAUGGCCGUUGGUAAAGUGACCUUCACCAAGACAGAGAGAGAGAAGCUGGCCGAGGUGCUCUGGCUGCUCAACUGGAUCUCUGUGGUGACAGGAGCGAUCCUGUUCAGUCUGGGCCUGUAUCUUAAAGUGGAGAUCCAGAAAUGGCAGGAGGUGAUGUUAGAGCAGAGCAUCCUCUAUGUACCUCAUAUGUUGAUCGUCACUGGUCUUGCCGCCUGUGGCAUCAACUUCAUGGGUGGAAAGAUUUGUCUGGACUGUGCAGACACCUACAAGUUCCUCCGCUGGAAGCUGGUUCUGAUGCCAUAUGUGAUCUGCACCUUCUUCUUCACCUCCUGUGUCCUUGCGGGGGCACUCAUGUGCUACACUGUUCGCAGUCAACUAGAGGAGUCACUGUUCCUGGGUCUGCGCAGUGCCAUGAGGUUCUACAAGGAUACGGAUACACCGGGACGCUGCUACCUGAAGAGGACCGUAGACCUGCUGCAGAUCGAGUUCCAGUGCUGUGGGAACACUGGGUAUCGGGACUGGUUCCAGGUUCAGUGGAUCAGCAACCGUUACUUAGACAUGACCAGCAGCAGCGUGGUGGACCGGCUGAGGAGUAAUGUGGAUGGGAGGUACCUGAUGGACGGGGUCCCGUUCAGUUGCUGCAGCACACUGUCCCCCCGCCCCUGCAUUCAGAGCCAGCUCAGCAACACCUCGGCCCACUUCAACUACGACCAGCAAAGCCAGAGUCUGAACCUGUGGAGGAAGGGCUGCCGACAGGCCCUGCUGGACCACUACACCGGCAUCAUGCAGUCCAUCGGACUCACCGUACUGCUCAUCUGGAUGUUUGAGCUCCUGGUUCUAACGGGCGUUCGGUACCUGCAGACGGCAAUGGAGAACGUCAUCCGACUUGGCGACCCUGACUCAGAGUCUGACGGUUGGAUUCUAGAGAACAGUUUGGUGGAAACGGCAAGAUCCAAUUUUGACAUCAUAAAGAAUCUAGGGAAGUGUUACCAAGUGGAUGACGACCCCAACAUCAAUGUACCGUCAGCUGCUGUUGAGCAGGAGGUACCAAGUAGACAGGUUCAGAAAUCAGAGAGCAGUUAACAUCCAGCCAAAGCAGGACAACUACUGAAAUUCAACCGGAACUGGGUGAUUAGGUCUGAGAACUCCACAGCUGAGGUGACCUGGUGUUUUGCAGAUCCAGGUUGUGCUGUUUGUGUUGAGUUGUCGGAGAUUAUAGACAGAAAUGAAGUUGAUAAGAGACAGAUGCCUUCAGAUCAAACUGUAACCUUAAAAUGAAAUCGGAAUGGUGCAUUAAGGUGCUCUGGUUUACCAAGUCAGAGUUUUCACCUGACAACAGUUUUACUUUAAGGUCCACCUGCUGGUAAAACCAGUCUUCUUGCAAAAGAUGAGAUAAGCUGGGAUGUGUGUUCUACAGAAUCAAAGUUCCAGCCUAACUUGAAUACUUCUGCUGUCAGUGUUACCAUUGCUGAGACUGGACCGGUGGCUAACAGUAGCUAAUCAGCCUCACCUCUGACAAAACAGAGUUUCUCACUGCUCACCUGCCAAACAGCAGUAGCAGUUAUUCAUCCACAUGUACAAUAUGUAUAAAUAUGUUUACUCAGUUCAGUUUAAUCCUGUAAGGUGUUGGAGAACAGUCUACACAGGUAGAUCCUACUGGAUAAGAGCAGUUCUACAGAAACGUCUCUAUUUUUAAUGAUUAAAUACUAUGGUGAGUGCCGUUUCUGGAUUGCAAAUGUCUAGAACUUAACAAAUCUC